UGCUCAUUCAUGAAUUCAAUAUUGUGAAAAGCAUUGUUGUCACAUAUUAUUUCUAUUUCUUUAAAUGAUUUGUAAAAGUUUUGAUAAUUCAUCAAAAAGAUCAUUUUGCUUAGUUUGUGUACGAAGUGUUGGUUAAUUAAUUGUGAUUGAUGACCAUGGAACGAAAUUAAUCGUUCGUUAGUUCAAACACAGAAGAAUUUUCAAAUGAAGACAACUAUAAGCAUGGAAAACGUAACCGCACCUGGCAUGUCUGAGAGUCUAUUGAACGCCGCCAAAAUGGAAAUAUCCACCGCUUGUGAUCAAAGUAUGGACCUGGUUUCAAAGAUAGAAAUGGUAGACAACCAGUCGGACGUCCAUUUGGAAAACUCCAAUUCUCAGCAUUUGCUGGAAACUCAAUACAUCAACAUACAGAGAGUUUCAGAUCUUACUAAAAAUCUAACCACCGAUUCCAUUCCUCCCGAGUUGCUAUCGCAUCAUGUCGUUGAUCUUGGGGCAAAUCCCGAAUACUCGCAGCACGUAGUUACGAAUGCUCCGUUUUACGAUAAUUCUGACUUCCUUUCGACAAAUUUUUCGGAGGAAGAUCGCAGAUUGACUGCUGCGUUAGUCGCUGUCAAGUUUAUUCAGCAAGAUAUCAAUCCUUCUACCAGUUCAUCUCUGAGUUCUGAAUUAUUGCAUGACAAGCAAACUUUACCUGCAGUUUCCUCUAUAUCUACCGACAAAGUCAUUACUUCUAUUGUUCCGAAUUACGUUCAAGCUGUCGAAUCGAGAUCUCAGGCCGAUUUGAGCAUUCAUAUCAGUAAUCAUCCUUCUAUGUCCAGCGAACAGCAUUUAACUAAAGAAGUCGAUCAACACGGCGAUCAAAUCAUUAAAUUGUAUCAGCCAUUAUUGCAAUCUGAAAACAAAACACCCGCUUUACCGCCACUCAAAAAAAUUAGCCAGUCGUUAUCAUCGAGAAGUGCAAAAUAUAUCUCGGCUGCUGAUCGUACCCAUACUACCGAUGCAGAAAGUCUGAUACCUAACGCUGAUUUGAAUGUUAUCCAACGUUCUUCGCAUCAAAUGACCGAAGGCUUAAGCGACGGUGUCAAAUCAGAGUGCGAUGUUUCGUCUGAUUUGAAUGCAUCUUCGGAUAAUAAUGAAAUGGUAGUUACCGAUGACUACGAUUCUGAAGCGGAUGAUGCUCGGUCAUCGCAAAAGAGUUUACCUCAUAAGAAACGGAUUCCUAAUAAAUUGAAAAGAGCUUUAACUACCGCUCCUACUCGUAACAUUCACGCCAAAUGUUACAAGUGUACCAAAUGCGGAGAACAGUUUCCGAAUCAAGCUACUUUCAAUGCACACAAAAUACAACAGCAUUCGUCUAAAAAAGCUAAUUAUUCUUGCGAGCUGUGCAACAAAACUUGCGCUAAUCAGUUGAAAUUCUUCGAACAUUUGAAGAGUCAUUACGAACCCUCAAUGAAUGCGGAAAAUAUCCGCAAUUCCUCCGCGAAUGGAGAUUACGAACAAGAUGCGCACAGCGUCGACCGUGAUAAACUGGAGGAUAUUCAAAUAAACGAUAGCUCUAGUAGCAGUACAAUAUUCAACAACGGUGAAUCAAAUCUCACUUGCGGCAAAUGUGGACGAGUAUUUCGUCGUCAAAAAGCUUUCGAUUGUCAUAUGUCUUUAUCGCAUCCGAAACAAGAGGAUAUUGAGGAAUUUUCCGAGCCCGAAGAUAUGAUGGAAGGUAUCCGGCAUGUUGUAAACAUGGUACCAGCUGGCGACGAAGAGGAUAAAAAUUUCGAACCAUGGGAAUCGCCUAAAAUGGAAAAUGGCGUCAUUCAUCAAACUCCUCAAUCAACUCAAACGAGUGUCAAGAGUGAUGCAUCGUUGGUGACCGCUAUCGAAGUGAAAAGCGAAGAAGUCGACGACUUUGACGAAGACCGCAGCAAUACUAAAGCUCGUAAGCAAUUAUCGUGUCCUCACUGCGAGCGAACUUUCAUCCAUCGUAAUUCUUUGCUGUAUCAUAUACGAUCGCAUACCGGCCAUCGACCUCAUCAAUGCGAACUUUGUGGCAAAAGUUUCUUCGCUGCUGGCGCAUUAAAGAUACACAUGAGACUUCACUCCGGCGACAAACCUUACAAAUGCGAAUACUGCGGAAGGUUUUUCCGUCAAUGGGGCGAUUUGAAGUAUCACAUAACGUCGAUACAUUCGAAUACGAAAAUGUUCCAAUGCGAAUAUUGCGGGAAAGAUUUCGCCAGAAAGUAUUCGUUAGUUGUUCAUCGACGUAUUCAUACUGGUGAAAAAAAUUACAUUUGCGAAUUUUGUACCAAGACCUUCAGAGCGGCGUCUUAUUUACAAAAUCAUCGACGUAUACAUACGGGUGAAAAACCUCAUAUGUGCGAGGUUUGCGGUAAACCGUUCAGAGUGCGUUCCGACAUGAAAAGACAUAUGAAAACCCACGGCGACGUGAGCGUAGUUAACGUUUUGACCGAUUUAUCGAAUGGCGGGUCCGAUAACAGUUCUCAAGAUGUUAGAAACAGUAUCACGUGUUUGGUUGAUAACCAAGAAGUGACGGUUAUCGAAAAACACGAAGAUACCAGUAAUAACGGGAUAUCGGAUCAGGAAUCCGAUCACAAUUCCAAGCAAAUUGUUACUGCUGUCGCUGAAUCGGCGGCGCCGCUCAACUUAAACGUCAAACCAGUGCAGACGACCGCUGACGGAUUGUACAACUAUUCGCGAGAAGAGGACCUCGUCGAUAGGGAAAACUCGGGAACGUUGUACGUUUGGAUACAAACCAAUCAGGAUACUAUACUGCCGGAUUCUUAAUCUCGGUCGAUCGAAGAUCGAGAAUCGUCGCUCAGAUAUCACACGUGUACCUCUAUGUUGAAGGAUUUAUCGGCUUCCGAUCGAUUGGUUGUUUCGAACCAAGUCUGUAAAGGGCUUUUCGCUAAAUUCUUCGCUUCCGGCUGCGUUGUUGUCAGUCGUUUCUUUGGUAUCGUAUUCGAUCAUCACUUUUUGCUGCGGGAUUAGCGAAAAAAAAAAGACGACGAAAUGAGAAAUAUUCCCAACUUCCCGCAUAACCCGUCAGUUAUCCGAAAAGGUGCGUUUUUUCCAGUGAGAAAUCAAAUUUGACUUUUUUAAAAUUGUUACUUUUACACUUGUAAUGAAGUAUAAUGAUGUUCAAGUUUUUGUAAGUAUUUGUGCGACAUAGUAUGUAGGAGUAGGACGAAGACGAGAACUACUCAUUUAUGUUAUGUACAGCGAAGACUUAUAUUUUACUAUUUACGUAUGUAUUCCUUUUAUAAUGUAACAUUUGCAAUACAGGGUUUUAUCCGAAAAAUUUCUCGCAUUCGAGAAAUCAAUCUAAGAUAAUUUAUGUACUUUAUACGACACAUGUUGAGCUAUAAUUUCAAAACGAUUUUAAUGAAUUAAUUUUUUGUAAAUAAAUCAAUUUCAAUACUUU